UAGCCAAUCUCCUUCGGAGGCACCCAAAGCGCCAUCGACUUCUAAAGUGCUCGAGGCUCGAGUGCAGCCCCUACUGCUUGGUCUCCUGAUGCAUUGCGAUAGGCAGACCCACCCUUCCCAUCCUCUCUCACCCCCCAUUGUGCUCAUGGACCGCGCCAAUACCAACUCAACGAGCAGACUUCUCACACCAAGGCGGCCGUGAUCGCUUGGAGAUUCACUUGACCCAAGACGAGCUCGACAUGGUGGACAGUGGGAAGUGGCAGGCUGAGAUCAUUAAGUGCGUCCUUUGCCGACACCCGCGCCCAUGCCCUACGAGUGCAUGCCGCAUCGCACACAUACUUACGUCUCUCUUUUUCUCAGUGCCUGGCGCCCAUUGAAGACGGUCAAGAUCGCUCCGCUCGUCGUCACGGACCGCCGCUCUGUCCUGCGCGAUGACCUGAUCGAAUGCCAUCAAGUGAUGCCGGACCGCGUGGUGAAGAACUUGUACCUCAAGCAUCGACCCUACCGCCAGUGAUAUUUCUUUUCGGACCAGACCCCGGACGACAUGGCACUAUUCAAGUCGUGGACCUCGACUCGUGGCCGUGGUUGGCUCAUGGUGCUGCAAUGCAUUUCCCGGAAGGCGAGGACCAACCGAGAGAGAGCAUCGAGGUGCGGAUGAUUGUAUUGAAGGCGACCCGUGUUUGAAUUGUGAAUUUUCCC